GUCAGAAAAUUACAUGAGCACGACUUAUACAAAGCAGAAAACAGAGAUAAUUCGGCCAGAAAUUAAUUUACGCAAUUUUGGUAUAAUUUCUUUUACAUAAAUUUUUUUUUUUGUGUGUGUGUUUUUGGGGCAAAUGGAAAAACCAUUGACCAAAACAAGUGAUUAUUAGCAUAAAUAACGAGAGGAGAAUUCAAGUACCAACUCUAACUGUAUUUGCUUCGGACAAGCAAACUCUUUUCACGGUAAUCAUCACAAUUCACAAAAAGAAAAUCUCUCUUCCUCAAUUUCAUCGCUUCAGAUUCUCCCCCCAUUUCAAUUCCCUUUUCUCUUUUCCCACAAAAUCAUCAUGGGUUCUGUUUAUUUUUUCUUCCGCAUAUAAUUUUUUUUUUUUUUCUACUACUUCCCCAUCAGUUGAUUAGAGAAUUGGGUCGGUGGUAAAUGGCAGUAGUAGCUCCAGAAUUCCCUAGAAAAAUGGAGAGAAUAAGAUACCCAGAGGUGGAUAGGAGAAGCGUGAGUUUAAGUUCCGGCAGUGAGAUUGAAGAAAGGUCUCCGGUGGCUUCUGCCUCUUCAACUCCGAGGUCAAUUUCUUCUUACUCUCUAUCUCCGAAUGAUGAAACAGUUUAUGUUGCCGUGGGGAAAGAAAUGAAGGAAGCUGUGUAUGCACUGACUUGGGCGUUGCAUAAUUGUGGAGGAAGAAAAAUUGUCAUCCUUUAUGUUCAUCAGCCAGCCCAGACAAUUUCAAUGAGUAAUCAUCUUUAAUACUUUCCUUAAAUCUUACAGAAGUGUUGGUCGUGCCAAUUUUAUGAUGCUUUUUGUUUUCCUGUGAUUGCUUUGAUUUUGGCUGUUAUAUAUAUAAGUUUAGACUUUCAUGUCAGCUUAGAUUUCAUCAUGAUCAUAUGGUGUUUGUUGUUCUUUAAGUCAUUUUAGUAUAGGAAAUCGAAGAAUAUGUAACUCCUUUCUCCAUUUUUCGACUAGGAUAAUGGAAAAUUUAAAUAGGGGUGGUAUAAGAACGAUAGUAAAUUGUUGACUUUCUGGCCAUUUCUAAAAGGAACAAUUGAAGAAGUCAACUCAUGAUUAUUAUAACCUCCAUGUUUGCGUGUGAUUCCUAAAACUUAUUACUUUGGUUAGAAUAGGAGCCUUUAUGUGAAAUACCUUAGUGGAUUAAAAUGUGCUCUUUGCAGGCUUUCAAUAUUUAGUAACUUUGUGUAACAUUUGAUGAUGUAAGUUUGGGAGAAAUCUAUCUUUGAUUUUUUAUUUUAUUUUUUUCAUUUUUAACACUGUCAAUGCAAUCUGCACCGAGCUUUGGUUUUAUUUUGUUACCUUAUGUUUUAUCUUUCAACUCAACUGAAUUUUGAGAAGAUGAUCUGUUAUUAAGUAUCUACAUAACUUUUUAUUCAUGAAUGUAUGUGUGAGGGGGGACCGGCGGAGGUGUUUGGAACUUUUCUUGAUAGUGUAUCCUUGAGCUGUGAAAGAAGCAUGCAAAUAUUGUAGCAGUGCUUGUUUAUUUGUACCCUGCAUUGAUGUCUUUGAGGUUCUAGUUGAGUGACUUAAUCUGAGAAAGUUCCAACUGUUCUCUAUAUGGAAGCGAAGAUCAGUUCUUGAUUGCUGUUCUGUGUGGCUGUGUUCGUUUGCUUAACAUAUUCGUGGCUUGCAGUGGGUGCACAAGUGCCCAUCAGUCGGAUGGAAGAAUACCGAGUUAAAGCUUAUCACGAAGCUGAGAGGCAAGAUGCACAGAAGAUUCUUGAAAAAUACGUGUCAUUUUGUCAGAAAGCAGGGGUGCAAGCAGAGAAAUUAUACAUUGAGAUGGACUCGGUUGAAAAGGGCAUUGUGGAACUAAUAUCUAUGCAUCACAUUAGGAAGUUGGUAAUGGGAGGUGCAGCAAAAAAACAUUAUACAAAGAAAUUAAUGGAGCCUAAGUCUAGCAAAGCAAUCUAUGUGCGUCAACAAGCUCCUCCUUUCUGUCAAAUUCGUUUCUUAUGCAAGGGACACCUGAUUCACACAAGGGAAGCUACAUCAAUUGGAGUGAACACAGAGGGUAUGACUCCAUUACCUCAGGCUAGUCCGAGUUCCGAAACUGAGAAAUCAUAUCCCCCGAGAUCAAAAUCCGUCACUGAAGGUCUAAAUUAUCAAUUGAGUCCAUUGGAGUCUACUGUUGAUCAUCGCAGAGUAAUGUCUGAAAAUCUUGGCACUCAGUUUCCUGGACUUCCUCCCUCCGACAUUUCAGGAGCCACAACCACGCAUAGUAGUUCAAGUGUUGGCAGGAGCAGUGAUGUCCUGUCUCAGAGAAGUCUAUCUUUGAUUUCAUUUGUUUCCUCAUCAUCAAGUGAAAUACUGGAUGAUACAGCUUCUGCCUCUAAGACUGGGGCAGAGGGACUCGAAAAUGGAUUAGACGGAGAUGCCCCUCAUCAGCCUGACAAAGAUGAUUCUAACACGUCUUAUCAUCAUCAAGAAACAGAAGGAACUGUGAAUGAUGAACUUUAUCAUAAACUCCACCAGUACGUUGAGGAGGCAGAAAAUUCCAGACGAGAGGCAUAUGAAGAAACAACCAAGCGUAGAAAAGCUGAAAGAGAGGCUAUUGAGGCUAGGUUCCAGGCUAAAGCAUCAGAAUCAAGAUGCGCAGACGAAAUUAAACACAGAAAGGAAGUUGAGGAAGCACUAGCCCAGCACCAAAAAGAAGUUGAGAAAAUGAGUUACCAAUUAGAUGAGAUCCAGAUGAAACUUAGACUUUCCAUGGAACAAAAGUCCUCUCUGGAGAUCCAAAUUGAUGCUUCUGAGAAGAUGGUCCACGAGUUAGAACAGAAAAUGUUCUCUGCUGUGGAGCUACUGAAAAAGUACAAGCAAGAAAGAGAUGAAUUGCAGGAAGAGCGUGACAAGGCACUAAAGGAAGCUGAAGAGCUAAGAAACAAAUAUGCUGAGAAGGAAUCAAGUGCAUCCAUGUCAUGUUUCUUUUCCGAAUACCUUUUCUCAGAAAUAGAACAGGCAACUUGCCAUUUUGAUCCAGCAUUAAAGAUUGGCGAAGGAGGUUACGGCAGUAUCUACAAGGGCUUCCUUCGUCACACUCACGUGGCUGUAAAGAUCCUAAAUCAGGAUAGUAUGCAAGGCCCUUUGGAGUUUCAGGCAGAGGUAAAUAUUUUGAGCAAAUUGAGGCAUCCCAACCUCGUUACGCUCGUAGGAGCCUGUCCAGAAGCUUGUGCUCUCAUCUAUGAGUAUUUACAGAAUGGAAGCCUUGAAGAUAGACUUAACUGCAAGGGCAACACCCCUCCACUCACAUGGCAAACUCGAAUCCGCAUUGCUUCAGAGAUUUGCUCAGUUCUUAUUUUCUUGCAUUCGUGCAGGCCCAAGAGCGUUGUACAUGGUGAUCUGAAACCAUCAAACAUUUUGCUUGAUGCUAAUUACAUCAGCAAGCUCAGUGACUUUGGCAUCUGUCACAUCCUGAAUGAAAAUGAAUUUUCAGAGAACAACACUACAGUAAUGCGAAAAACUGAUCCAAAAGGAACUUUUGCUUACAUGGAUCCUGAGUUUGUUGCAACUGGAGAGCUUACCCCAAAGUCUGAUGUCUACUCAUUCGGGGUUAUAUUGCUAAGGUUAUUAACUGGAAAGCCAGCAUUGGGGAUAGGGAAGGAAGUUCAGGCUGCUCUGAACGAUGGGAACUUGAAAGAUAUCUUAGAUAACACAGCAGGGGAUUGGCCAUUUGUUAAAGCACAACAGUUGGUUAACAUAGCUUUGAGUUGUUGUGAAAUGACUCGAAGGAACCGGCCUGAACUUUCAUCAGAGGUGUGGAGAGUGCUUGCUCCAAUGAAAGCAUCCUGCGGGACACCUUCUAGGUUGAUUUCCAGAGAACAAUCUCACUCUCCAGAAUACUUCAUUUGUCCCAUCUUUCAGGAAGUCAUGCAGGAUCCAGUCGUUGCAGCUGAUGGCUAUACAUAUGAAGCAGAGGCCGUACGAGGAUGGUUGGAUAGUGGUCAUGAUACAUCGCCCAUGACGAACCUGAAGCUUGCCCAUACCAAUCUUGUACCCAACCAUGCUCUUCGAUCCGCCAUUCAAGAGUGGUCUCAAAAGACUCAAAAAUAGCGCAACUUAAUUACUUGAGUGAGUGUAGCUAGCUAGUUGCUUUCACAUUUCAUCAAUUCUUCCACUUUUUCCUUUCAGUUUCUUCUCAUCCCUUUCACUUUGGAGACCCUUAACCGUGUGCAUGUGCAUAAAUAUAUAUACAUACACAGAAAGAGUAGUAGCGAUACCCACAGAAAAGUCGUCCGGCGAAAUUUUUCGAAGAACCAUUUGCUCGGGAUUUUGUUACAAUCAAUGCCACAUCGUUUCCUAAGCUAUUUCACUUGAUGAUUUCGCAGAAAGUAUCAUUUUUUCAUACAAAAAACCAUACAUCCCAUAGAAAAUAUGUUAGGUUGUUGAUAUUGAAUAGCUGGUGGGUUUGGAACCCUUUGUUUGUUAUCCUUUCUUGUAAUACAUACCAGAUUCUGCAGAAGAAUGAUUUAUACAUGUAUAGUUACAGGGCAUUUCGGGAUUCCUUUAUGAUAGAUUUUACAAAUUUUUCUUUCAACAUUGAUGAUCCAUUUUUUGUUUUUUGGAGAUGCUGUUUAUUUUUGAAUUCAUUUGAUUAUAUUUAUGUUUUUGCGC